CAUGAGCGGAACGUUUUAUGAGAAUUUGACAUUUCUAUUUUGUUUAUUUACAAUUUUGCUCACUAUUUAUAAUGGCAGGAGUUGUUCCCUCAAAGAAAUCGACAUCUGCUCGUAAGCAGUGGGCUAUUCAUGAUGGGCCCUAUGGUUCUCUAAAACGUUUGAGAAAUCAGUUGGCUAAUGAUGGAUGUGCGGAGUCACAAAUGGUACUGGCCAAACAGUUGUUGCAGGAGGAAUGUGAGUUAACUAACACUGUCAUUACAGAGCUGGAAACGGAAAAACGUGAGAACUGUCGUUUGGGAGUUUAUUGGCUGAUGAAGUCGUCGGAACAAGGGAAUUCCGAAGCAACGGAAUUGUUACGGUCAUGUUUUUUGAGUGGAAAGGGUAUUACCGAACAUAAUUAUAUGGAUGUCAAGCUGUGUAUUAAUAUGACACAAGAUGAAAAAUUGGCUAGAAAAGCUGCGCGAGAUUUAUUUUCAAGCUUGUCAAAUGGCGAAGAUUACAUUACGUCCCAACAACUUCAAAGGCGAAUUUUGGAAAUCGAUAAGCAACAAAGUACGUCAAACGCGAUUCAAAAAAACCGUUCGUACAACUGCAAUGGAAGCGGAGAACCGUCAAAUGGAGAGCUUGUGGAUAAUUACGACGAACAGGGUAGCGAUUCGGAUCAGGACGUGGAUUGGACGGGAAGAUCUGUCGACGGCAACCAAAAGUUAACCGAAGAAAAUCUGGUUUCGGCGGCCGUCGAUUAUUCGCACGGACACCUUCCGUUGGUAAAUCGAGGAGUGACUUUUUCCGACUUGAACUUAUGUGCGCUCGAUGAGAUCCCGGUUGUUCACAGAUCUAUACUUCAUCCAUUUCUCACAUGCAAAAUCUUAUACUUUAAAUUAAUCCGAGCUUUAGGCUGCAGUCCUAUCGGUAGUUAUAUUCCCUCGAUUCAAAGUGACAUUCAGUUGGUCCUCAUGAUGUGUUUGUAUUCGUUUGUUAGUUGCAACAGUGUGCUACAUUUUGUUCCUAUGGCGACCUAUUACAUCACGUUCGUAACUAUGGUAAUUAGCACCUUUCAAAUGCUACAAAUGGGUAACCAUUAUCACGAUUUUCAAGUUUGGUCCAAUUUGUUUAUCACUUACUCGGGUGGCAGUUUAAAUGCGGCCGAGGCGGAAUAUCAGUUCAUUCGCAACAAUUUAAAGCCCUUCGCCCAUUUCUUUCUCGCUUUACUUAUAAACCUGCUUGUUUAUCCCAUUAUCUCUGAUCAGUGGAUACCACAGUCCGAAUUGACGAUCCUCGCUUUCUGUCUAACGUUCAUUACUUUACACAGUUUUACACACAGGGAGCGGGGAGAAAGCGCCACCGCACUACUAACUUUGCUUAGUUUUGCUACGAAUGUACUUGCGAAGUAUCCGUACGAGACCGACGCCGUGGUAACACAAGGUUGGAGAUUCCUAGACCUUAAAAUUCCUACUUUCGCCAGCUACAUCAUUGGGAAUGGUAUUGAGUUUUGUAUAAACUUCAGAAUUUUAUUCUACAUCCUAAUACCAUUUUUGUUAGUGUGCAUAGCGUCGAGACGGAAUUGGUCAGGCACAUACAAGUGUCUUAUACCGCACUGUGUCACUUUAAGUUGGUUGCAGAUUGCCAUAAUCAACUCUCAAGGCGCGACUACUUUUGGCCUUAUGCGUGGUACUCUGGCGUUAGUUGGCAUUGUAAUGUUUUUACCGUUGGUCGGCUUAACGACUAUCAUUUUACCUUCAAUAGCUUUAACGAAAUGGGUGGUCACUUCUGUGUCGUUAUAUAGCAUACUCCUCUUUCUACUAUUUGCAUCAUCAGGCUUAGGAAUCAGUUGGUUGUUGGCCCGUACAAGAUUUCGCCAACAAAUAGCGUAUUUGCAAGUUAUAACCGCCAUCGUCACGUUUUUCAUUCUAAUAAAUUCAUUUUCCGCCAACAACUCCUCAUUGAACGUUCACACUCACAGCUCCACCGCAAAUGGUAUUACCUGGGAUCAGUACGAAGAAUUUUGCGAUCAACCCAAUUGGGAGACUUCAACAGCUGCCGCGAAUCAAAUUCGAUGCGCCAAGUUGGCCGACGUACCCGUCGAAUGGGAGGGAUGGGUGCACGAAAUUAAAGUAAGAUCAAUCACAAACGUCUGGAGAAAAAUAUUCGGUUAUAUACCGAAAUCUCUUUCUCAAUAUCUGUAUUGCAUUUUCGGCGAGAGCGUCGAACACGAUUGCAAGAAUCUUCCUGAAGAUGUAACGGAAGAAUGUCUAAUGUUUUACGACGCGAUCAGAACAACGAGAAAGUGUUCGUUAGAUAAUCUCAACGUGUACGAGUUUCACAUUGUAUUACGAAGAAAUAUGGUAUUAUGGACGAAAACGGCCGAAGUAGUACUAGAAGUCGGCCAUCAUUUUUCUAACUUCACGCUGCAAUUGAAACCGGACGAUAGAAUCAAAUUUACCGGAUUUUUAACUAACGAUGGAAUCAUAGGCGGCUCUAAACCUCAUGUCCUCGUCGAGUCGAUGCGGUGUAUCCAUUGUCACAAGACUGAAUUAACGAAUACGGAAAUACGAUCAGUUAAUUUGUUAACUCUCGAGUCUGUUUUGAGUAACUUUAAUUUAGGUUUAAAGUUUAUUAUCAAUUUUUUGUUUAUGCCAAUUAAUUUGUUUGAAUAGUUUGUCAAGAGUAAAUUAGGAUGUUGGAUGGCAAUAUAUUUAUCCUAUUUGAAACAAAAGAAUAAAAGAUAGUAAGAAGAUCUCAAACCAGUGAUAUAACCUAGAAUAUUUAUUAUGAAUGAAUUACAAUUUAAAUCGGCAGAAUAAUUAUUUAUUUUUACAAAUGUAUUUAAUUAUGACUUGUCAAAUCUGAACUUUGUCUUUGCAAAUAAAUUUAAUAUAGACA